UUGACUCGUAAGCUACUCAGUGAACUCCAGUCGGAAAUUGAAGUACUUCGUCGAAAAGAACAGCACAUUUUAGCUUUAGCUGUAGCCGAUCCUACUGAAAAGGAUGUGCUGGAAGACCAAAUAGGAAAGAUUCGGCGGAAAACCGUCGACCUACGGAAAAUGGUGAACGAAGUCGACAAUGAGUUCAGUGAAUUUGCAAGAGUCUGUAAAUCAUCCGGAGAAGUGCGAGUCCGCAAAAACCAAAUCGAUCUCAUAAGGAAGAAGCUGAGAGAUCUCAUCAUUCAAUUCAACGAAACACAUGCUGAUUAUCGGUCACGAGUGUCGGUGCGAGUUCGACGUCAGCUACGAGCAGUCGGUGAAAAUGUCACGGAAGAGGAGGCAGAUAAAAUCAUUGACGCGGCCGGUCACGAUGAGGUUCGAUGCACAUUUCGGAUUAUCUGA